CAGGACCCUCGCAAGCUGUUCAUGAGUGUGGGCAUGAUAACUCAGGCCAAGGGUUCGUCGUAUGUGGAAGUUGGCAAUACUAAGGUGUGCUGUGGUGUGUAUGGCCCAAAAGAUGUGCAGAGAGGGCAGGAUUUCAAGAUGUCUGGGCAGGUUCUCGUAUUGACAAGAACUGGUUUAUCAUUCGUGACGCCUCCGUGAAGACCGAGCGCCUGAUGACCCUGCAGCCUUACGACGAGCACUGCCCCAUCCCCAUGACCCACGGCACGCGCGAGGCACUCAUCGAGCUCUUCCAGGCUCUGCACCACCCGUGCAUCUACCCAGUGUUGGACGUGGACUUUGCCAACAUCUCUUCCCACACGUACAUCGUCACCAUCAUCCCCCACAACAACAAGGGCACGCUCAAGGACCUCAUUUAUCGGAAGCUGAACGAUGGUGCUUCACAGAGUCACUGGCAAGAUGACUGGGUGGAGAAGUACCAGCAGCGCUCAUCGGGGCUGCCAGUGGGCCAGGUCCAGCGGCUGGGGCGGCAGGUGUUGGAGGCCCUGCUCUUCCUGCAAGACCGAGGCUUUCCCCCCUGCGGCCAUCUGCACUCCGGGAACGUGGUACUGCAAAACAGUGUGGCAAGACUGUCCGGGGUGGAGAACACACUGCUGGGCCUCACCUCCAGGAUCUACCCAAUCAUCAAGCGUCGCCUCAAGGACAACAGAGACGCCAUAGACUCAGUGUGUUUCGGCCACGUCCUGUUUGAGAUGUGUGCUGGAUACGAGCUGUCGUCUGCCCACCCUACCGCCAAGCACCUUGAGGACAUCUCCACCUAUCCCCAAGUGGUGCAGGUGCUGGAGUACAUCUUUGGUAAUGGAGACCAGUACCCCAGCAUUGAAGAAAUCCUCUGCCUUGACUUCUUCCGUAACCUGGAUCUGCGAGAAAUGCGGGCAGCUCCUCUCCCGCUUACAGUGGCUUUGAUGUUCCAGAUUCGGUACUCACCAAUGAUAAGGAACAUCCUCAAGGAAGUCAGAAGAUUCCAAAAACAGAGAAGCUACAGUCUAUGGCCAAUAGGCAGUGGUUGGCAUGCCUCCAGCCCCUCACAGGGACACUGCUGUGGAAGAGCCCAGUCCUCCCCUAAAGGGCUCCUCAGGUGGUCAGAUUGCAGUGUCUGCUGGGGACUGUUCAGUCCCUAGCUAUUCAUGAUAAGCAUUUUCUGGCUGUGGGGGGCUGCAGGUAUAUGGCGCCAACGGUUAAUCCAGGGGUCCUUAAAACUACGGUCCUUAUAUCUAGAGUCCUUAAAACUACGUUCCUUAAUCCUAGAGUCCUUAAUCCUAGAGUCCUUAAAUCUACGGUUUCUGCAGCUACAUUUUUUUUUUUUUUUUUUUUUUUUUUUUUUUUUCUCAGCUACAGUCUAUGGCCAAUAGGCAGUGGUUGGCACACCUCCAGCCCCUCACAGGGACACUGCUGUGAAAGAGCCCAGUCCUCCCCUAAAGGGCUCCUCAGGUGGUCAGAUUGCAGUGUCUGCUGGGGACUGUUCAGUCCCUAGCUAUUCAUGAUAAGCAUUUUCUGGCUGUGGGGGGCUGCAGGUAUAUGGCGCCAACGGUUGAUCCAGGGGUCCUUAAAACUACGGUCUUUAAUCCUAGAGUCCUUAAUCCUAGAGUCCUUAAAACUACGUUCCUUAAUCCUAGAGUCCUUAAUCCUAGAGUCCUUAAUCAUUGAGUCCUUAAAUCUACGGUUUCUGCAGCUACAUUUUUUUUUUUUUUUUUUUUUUUUUUUUUUUUUUUACAGCUACAAUCUAUGCCCAAUAGGCAGUGGUUGGCACGCCUUCAGCCCCUCACAGGGACACUGCUGCGGAGGAGCCCAGUCCUCCCCUAAAGGGCUCCUCAGAUGUUCAGAUGGCAGUGUCUGCUGGGGACUGUUCAGUUCCCUAGCUACUCAUGAUGAGCAUUUUCUGGCUGUGAGGGGCUGCAGGUAUAUGGCGCCAACGGUUAAUUCAGGGGUCCUUAAAACUACGGUCCUUAAUCCUAGAGUCCUUAAAACUACGUUCCUUUAUCCUAGAGUCCUUAAAUCUACGGUUCCUGCAGCUACAUUUUUUUUUUUUUUUUU